UUUAUCACAUCUCAACUUCUAAAGCGUAUUCUUUGACAAGCUUCAAAAGAGGAAGAACUAUGUCUACAUCGGCGACACAGAGAAGAUUGAAGGGAAAGGUUGCAAUAAUUACAGGCGGAGCACAUGGCAUUGGGGAAGCUAGUGCUCGCCUCUUCAACAAACAUGGAGCGAAAGUCAUAAUUGCAGACAUUGCAGACGAUGCUGGUCAUAAGCUGGCAGAAUCUCUGUCACAGUGGGCAGUCUAUAUUCACUGUGAUGUGAGCAAAGAGGAAGACGUUAGGGCAGCAGUAGAUUUGGCCAUGGAGAAGCACGGACAACUGGACAUUAUGUUUAACAAUGCGGGCAUGGUAGAUAGCCAUCGAAGUAGUGUUGUGGAGUAUAACAUGGAGCAAUUUGAACGCACCAUGAAUGUAAAUGUAAAAGGAGUAAUGCACGGCAUUAAGCAUGCUGCCCGCGUAAUGAUACCCAGGCGAAAAGGGUGCAUAAUUUCUACAGCCAGUAUUUCAGGCGUUGUGGGAGGAACUACAUCUUAUGGAUACACUGCUUCAAAACAUGCAGUUAUAGGCUUGACUAAAAAUGGUGCAGCUGAACUCGGAAAAUAUGGUAUCAGAGUCAACUGUGUUUCUCCUUAUCUUGUUGCAACUGGGCUUAUAAUGAACUAUUCAGCAAAAGGGAAGAAUGAAAUGGAGACGUGGGGUAGCAGCUUAGCCAACUUGAAGGGAACGAUUCUUAAAGCAGAGGAUAUUGCAGAGGCUGCUCUGUAUUUGGCCAGUGAUGAAUCUAAAUAUGUGAGCGGCCAUAAUCUUGUUGUGGAUGGAGGCUUCACGGUUGUAAACCACGACUGGGGACUUUACAGGCCAUAAUAACUGUGAACAUUCAGUCUUCAUGUCCUCAUUCAAGUUAGCCUGAUAUAGGAGCUAUGGAUAGAACAUGCGAUGAUUGUAGCUCAGUGAUGUGAGAGAACAUUACUACUAGUGCAUUCUCUGUAAGAUGCUAGUUAUCUAGAACUUGUUAUUUGCAUCACAUAAUUUAGUUCAGGCCCUUAUUCAA